AUUUGAAUAAUGUAAAAACUAUUGGCUGAAAAAUAUGCUGAAUUAUCAUCAAAUGUAUUAGAUAGUGUUGACUUUACUAAACAAGGUAUCUUUAUAUAUAUUCUUUAGAGGAAUUGUAUAAAGAAAUAUUAAAAAAUUUGAAUGAAGAUUUGUCGAUUGAAGAAAUAAAAUAAUUGGGAUAACAAUUUGUAAAUAGUAGAAUUAUAAAUUUAGCUGGAAUUUCUUUAAGUAUUAUAAUAGGAUGAAUUUAUUUAAAAAAAAAGAGCAAAGGAAGAAACAUAAGAAAAAGAUUAAUUAUUACAUAAGGAAUAUCCACAAUUAUAAGAUAAAUUAUAAAAAUUGAAAUAAAAUUGCUAAGAAAUAGAUACAAGUGCAAGAAAAAUAAAUGAGACACUUAAAAAAUUACCAGAAAUAGAGGAAGCUAAUAGAAAAUAAAUGAAAGAUAAAUUUUAUGAAGAUGUAAAGGAUGUUAAAGAUAAGAUUUAAUAAGAAGAGUAAGAUGCUUAAAAAUUUGCAGAAGAAAAUUUAAAGUAUAUAUGUAUUUUAAUAUAUUAUAGAAUUCGUGAAGAUAUGCAAGCCUUAAUUGCAUAAUAUGAAUAAAAAGAAAAAGAAUUUUGGGAAAAGGUAAAAUAAAAUGAAGAAGAAUAAAAAAAUGAUACUAAAAAAUAUAUGGAAUAAUUCGAAAAAAUGUAGGGUGAUGCUUAAAAAGCAAUGCAAGAAAAAUAAUUAAUUUAAGAUGCAUAAAAAUAAUUAAAUGAUAAAAAAAUGAAAUUAUCAGUAUACAAAGGAAAAUAAAAUGAAUUUAUAGAAACUUUUGAAAAAUCAACAAGCACAUUUUAAAAUUUAACAGUAGAAUUCUUAAAAUUAGCCUUUAAAGUAAAAGAGGAUGAAGAGAAAAGUAACUUAAAUUAAUAAAGAGCUGAUAAAGCUAAUUUAUUAGCAGUAGAAAUAGCAUAAAAAGUAUUAUUUAUAAUUAUAUAUAUAAAAGAAUGCAGAUUUAAAAUUAUAAAUAGAAAAUAUUGAAAAAGAAAAAGAUAAAUUAAGAGCAGAAAUCUUAGAACUUAAUAAUCAAAAAAAGCUAUAAAAUCAAAAUUAAUAAUAGUAAAAAAAUAAUGGUGAAAAUUGAUUUAUUUUGGG